UAUUUUAUGAUUUCUAUUAUUGAAACACCGAUAUGAAUUAAAUUUAUUAUGUUCAUACCACCAAGAAAUUUGUCAUUUAACAUUUAAACGGCGUCGAUACUGUUAUUAUUAAUUAGUGGUAAUUUAGUCUACAAGCUCUGCCAGUGAUAAAAAUUUGAAUAGUAAAAACAUAUUUUUUAUUGAACGCUAUUAUCUCAAGGUGACUGAUGGUGUUCUCAACGGUCAAUUUAUGACAAAUAAAACAAAAAGAAGAAUAAAAUGGACUUUUCAGUCUUGGGCCACUAUGAUCCAUCCUUAGACGCCAAUGCUGCUGUUGUUGAACAGGAUUUAUUGUGGCAGGAUCCAAAUUACGAAUUACCUGCAGAUGGAUUCGUGCCUACAUCGGAGCAAUUUGGGGAAGAAUUUUCAGGAGCUGAAUAUCAGGAGACGCGAACAUUUUUGGCCGAUGGAGGCGAUAGAUUUGGAGUUUCCACUGUGUCUUUUGAUUCGGUGGAAGAACUUUUAUGGAUGGGAAACCAAGGGGGUCACGUAACGUCAUAUUAUGGCUCCAGUUUGCAAAAAUAUACCUCAUUUCAAGUGCACGCAACGCAAGAAAUUCGGCAAAUUCAUCCUGUCGACGAGGGAAUUUUAGCAUUGACACAAAGUAUGUUGCGAUGCCAGCUGCGACGUGGUAUUCCAAUAUUUACACACACAUCAGCAAAUAUGAUCGAUAUGCAGUGUAUACUUCAAAUAUCUCCGACAAGAUUAUUAAUGGGUGGCCAUCAGGAUAAACUUAUUGAUUUUGAACUCACCAGAGGCAAAGAAACUGGAUUAGUGAACGUGGGUGAAAGUGGUUGUGCCAUACUAAGGCAACACAACAGACUUAUUUGCGCGGGUAAUCCUGCAGGCAGGAUUGAUCUCAGGGAUCCAAAUACGUUGUCUGUUGAGCACACACUUGAUACUCAUAGUGGCUCAUUAAGUGAUUUUGAUGUUCAAGGGAAUUAUCUGGUCACUUGUGGUUUCAGCAACAGUCUUCAGGGAAUGUCGGUAGAUCGAUUUUUGAUGGCAUAUGACUUGAGACAAAUGAGAGCACUCAGUCCAGUUCAAACGAUGGUUUUUCCAUUCUUACUCAAAUUUCUACCGAGUUAUUCCAGUCGUAUUGCUGUUGUGUCUCCUCUCGGACAAAUGCAACUGCUUGACACUAUUUACGCCAAUGUUCAACCAUCAGUCACUUGUUUAUAUCAGGUUGCCACUGGAGGUGCAAUGAUAUUAUCUUUCGACGUUUCUCCUACGUCGCAAUGUCUGUCUUUCGGAGACGCAGUUGGUUCUAUUCAUCUUAUGUCUACAAACAAUCCAGAACCACAAUUUAACACCUUUUCCAGGCCUACUGAAUUUGCAGAUCCAGUGGAAACACUGCAACCUUUUUCAUUUGAUGAUAAUGAAACUUCACUAAGUUCUACUCCAAUGGUAUACACUGGUCAUCCACUUUUUAGCGACUGGCCCGAGGAGUACAUUAAAAAAGUGUACAGAAAGUCACCGCAGAUUGAUCCGGAAAUCCUGAAAACAAUGAAAAUGCAAGGUCCUAUUGGUUACGCGCCGAACCCUCAGUCAUUUCGCAGAAAUCAAAUUCCAUACAAUUUGGAAAAGAGGCGUGGUAUAGUCACAAAAUUAUUUGGCAAUGAUUCACGAGUUAAAACAGACGAUGGGACCUUUGUGGCUAUACCAAAACGAUAUCGUAAGACAGAAGUUAAAUAUUCGAUGAAAUUUUAUUACGAUGAAUUUGAUUUCGAUCAAUAUAAUCGAUCAAAUUUUUGCGGCUUGGAAUCUACACUUCCAAACAGUUAUUGUAAUUCCAUGCUUCAAAUGCUUUAUUAUUGUGAACCGGUAAGAAUGUCGUUGCUUUCGCAUUUAUGUCAGAGAGAAUUUUGUCUCUCCUGUGAAAUGGGUUUUCUCUUUCACAUGUUGGACACUUCGAAAGGAGUUCCCUGUCAAGCGGCGAAUUUUUUGAGAGCUUUCAGAACUGUUCCAGAAGCAUCAGCAUUAGGUCUGAUAUUAAAUGAUCUUCAUCCCGAAGCAAAAAGAAAAGUCAGCUUGAUAAGAUUGAUUCAGAGUUGGAACAGGUUCAUUUUACAUCAAAUGCACUAUGAACUAUUGGAAACGAAGAAACGCCAACAGGAGAAGGAGGAGGAAACUAUGCGAUUAAAAAUGGAACCCAAGCAUAAUGCAUUUGUUUACAAUGAACAUGAUUUUCCGAGUAUUUUACAAGAUCUUGGCUCACGAUACAUAAACAAUGAGGACGAUAGAAGAAGAAGACGAAAACAAGAGGAGGAUGGUAAAUAUAUGUGGAUCACAUCGAAAGACGACAGUGGCAAGAAAUCAACGGAUGAGAAUGAAAUCCGAGAGGAGGAAUCAGAGAUUAGUCGGGUUUUCGGUUCGGAGCAGAUUCAUAUACAUCGAUGUUUAAAAUGUGGACAAGAAGCUUCGAAACGUUCCAUAAUGUUACUGUGCAACUUAACGUAUCCCGAGAUGACAAAUCCUUCGGAAGAAGUGCCAUUUUCGAAAGUUUUGGCUCGGAGUUUGAAACCUGAGAAAGUCACUCCGGCCUGGUGUGAUAAGUGUCAAAAAUUCAAUCCCACCUUACAAUUGCGACAUCUAACAAAAUUGCCGCAAGUAUUGGCGCUAAAUUGCGGAUUGGAUAGCCAGCAGGAUAAAAAGUUUUGGCAGAAUCAAAUGGAUAUUGUCGUUAAAAAAGUUCUCAAUGGAGUUGAAGGGAACAGUCCACUUUCCAGUCCUAUUCCAUCAAUCGCCAAACCUUGUCGAUAUGGAAUAAAUUGUUCCCGCACUGGUUGCCGAUUCAGGCAUGUCGGUCGACCACCCGAAACAUCCUCACCAUCGUCAUCUACUUCUGUAUCAAGUCAUCUUUACUGUUCACAUUCCUGGAUACCGCAAAACUUAGAGAUAACAUUAGAUGAGAAACGAAAUUUGCACGUUACAAAGCUAGACAAUAAAGUAAAUAGUGAUUUUGAAGACAAGUCGAAAGUAUCAGAGGACGUCGAUAGGAGUCAUAUGAAAAUACAAUUAGCAGCGGGAGAAACAAACGACAAAGAAGUACAAAAAGUUAAUUAUGAAUUAAGUGCAGUAAUUUGCCACAUUAAUGAUAAGAACAACGAAGAUAGACGAAAUCUUGUUGCACUGAUUCGUGUCGGUGAAAAUUAUCACGAAAGAUCAAAUGGAAAUUCCACGUCUCAGUGGUAUAUUUUUAAUGAUUUUUGCAUAUCAGCUGUUUCUCCACAAGAAGCCGUGUGGUUUAAUCUCGACUGGAAGGUGCCAUGCGUUCUUCAAUAUACAGCCAAAUCAUCUACUGAAUCUGCUCCCUUUGUGAGUCCACUUUGUAAAUGGACAUUUGAUGUUUUUGGAGAGGACAAGUGUAUUGCUCGAAGUGGAGGAACAAGAGGAAUCACAUUUACACCCCUUUCUGCCGAUGAAACGCCCAAAAAAGGUGAUUUAGUGGGAAUCGACGCAGAAUUCGUUACUUUAAAUCAAGAAGAAGCUGAACUUCGUAGUGAUGGUAAAAUUUCUCAAAUAAAACCAAGCCACAUGUCGGUGGCUCGAGUCACAUGCAUUCGAGGGCAAGGUCCACUUGAAUACACUCCAUUCAUUGAUGAUUAUAUAAGUACGCAAGAACAAGUAGUGGAUUAUUUAACCAAGUUCAGUGGAAUCCAACCUGGUGAUUUAGAUGCGAACUUCAGCAGCAAGCAUCUAACUACCUUAAAGUCGACUUAUCAAAAGUUGCGAUUUCUUGUUGAUAAUGGUAUUAUAUUUGUAGGACACGGACUCAAAAACGACUUUAGAGUUGUCAAUUUGGUGGUUCCACCUGAGCAAGUUAUUGAUACCGUUCUACUGUUUCAUUUACCGCAUCACAGAAUGGUAUCUCUUCGAUUUUUGACAUGGCAUUUUUUAGGUAAAAAAAUACAGUCUGAAACACACGAUUCAGUAGAAGAUGCUCGAGCUGCACUUGAACUUUAUCAUAAAUAUAAACAACUUGAAGUACAAGGGAAUUUAUCGGAAUCUCUUAAAGAGCUUUACAGUGUCGGUGCACAAUUACAAUGGAAGGUUCCAGACAGCUGAUGUAGUAAAAGAGUUACUGAAAAGAAUUCAGUAACAAUCGAUGAGUGUCGAUUACAAGAGAAAUCCGUCUUAUUGUUAAAUAUUUAACAAAAACAAUGAAAAAAAAUGUAAGAAACAUUUCUUACGGCUUUAUUUAUAUGUAUAGCCACGAAUUUUUUCAUAUUCAAAAGAAAUUCAAAUAGUCUCAGGCACUAUAUUUCCUCUCUUCGAGUCUAUAUUUGGAUUUUCUAAUCCAGUGUCUGAUUCUUUGAGAUUUUCUAAACAAGUGUGUGCUGUGUAUGUAUCAAAUAAGUAUAAACUUGGUUUUUUAUAUUUUUUUAUAAGUUCAGAUAAAAAUAGAAUUGAAUGAUAGUGAUGUUCGUCAAGUGGGUAUAAUUAUUUACGGUCUUCGUUUUUUUUUUAAAGGAAAUUUUUAAUUUGUAUUUUUUUAUAUACAUAUAUAUAAUUGUGAAAUCGCUAAUGAUAAUUUCUUAUAAAGGAAGAACACAAAACUUUAAGAAAUUAUUGCUGUAUUCUACAUAUUCAAAAAAAAAAAGAAAAUCAGAAUCAGUAUUGAACUUUGUGAAUUGUUAAAAAGUUGUAGAGAAACUUUUUAACGAAUGUGAACUCAUGUGUAUUUAUGAUAGAUGAAUUUUACAGUAAUUUUCUUGUACAUAUAUAUUAUUCGCAUUAGAUUUUAAAUUGUUCUAAAUGUAAUUUCUUGUUUUAAAGAGAAUUACUUUAUUUAUAUUUAAUUUAAAAUGUCUAGGAGAGCAUAAUUGAGAAAGAAAAUGGAGAGCCUUUGUCUGAAUGACUCAAUUUAUCAAUUUAUUUUCAUUUUCACUAUAUUACAUUGUUAAUAUACUUGUAAUCAAUUUUACCAACUACGAUUAAAAAGUUUAAAAAUUCGAUUUAGAUAAUCGGGAAUUGAUUCCUUUAAUCGGUGGUUGGUAGAACCAAGCUUCGUUUUUUAUUAUUUUUUACAAUGUAUUUACAGUUUAUAUACUAAUUUUCAUUGAAAUUAAGAUGCAGUCAAUACUUAA